AAGGAAAUGGCGCUCCCGUUCGCAACCGGACAGUUUUACCGUGGAUAUCCAGCGCAGUGGUCCACGUAAUGUAGUUUUCUGAAUCUGACACUGCUACAAGAAACCUCAACGUCUAAGAUUUGACAAGAUGCCGACGCCUACACAAGUUGGCAGUGGUACGGAAGGCCGGCUAGCGGGGACGGCAGGGGACAUGCCCAGACUGAACUACCAGAGUAAGGUGGUCGCACCCAGGAACCCACGACUGGUGCGAGGGGAACUCCCACCACCAAAGAUGACACCUUCCAAGUUCCUCCAUGAGAUGGGUCUGGACACAGCAGGAAAACUGGCCAACACACAUGAGAUGCACCUGCCACAGAUAGUGGAACUAUUAGACAUGGCCGAAACAACCCAUCAAAAGUUUUCCCAAGUCAACAUAGACGAAGCCAUGUUCCAGCCUUUUCCUUCAGAGAUCCGGUUCCAGAACUAUGAGCCCCACCAGACAUACGAAGUUCCACUGCAGCUUAGGAACAAUGAUGGGGUGCCCCGGCUGGUAAAAGUGUACCAGACAGACUCCCCAUACUUCAAAAUCAUCAGUCCCAACAAUGUCGGGGACAAGGUCGCACCUGGCAUGGCGAGCACCUUCCGCAUCCUCUUCACUCCGCUGGAGAAAAAGGACUAUGUACAUGAACUGCUGUGUAUGACUGAGCGGGAGAAGUUUGUAGUUCCUGUGCACUGUGUUGGAGCACGAGCCAUCCUGGACUUCCCUGACUAUGUCAACUUCUCUGCCUGGCCAGUCAAACACACGGCGACACAGACUCUCCUGGUCCGAAACAUUGGCAACAAAGACGCCACCUUUUCUCUAGCUGCACAAAGACCCUUCAGUGUGAGUCCGGCCUGUGGUGUACUGCCGGUGGGAGAGAGCAUGCAGGUGACAGUAGAGUUCACAGCUCCAACCACAGGGGACCAUGUAGCAGACCUGGUGCUCACAUAUGACACAGGUGAACAAAUCUUUGUAGAGCUACAUGGAGUUGCAGUGAAUGCAAAUGUGCGGCUGGAUAAGAGUUCUCUCCGCAUCGAGAACACGUACAUCUCCAUGGCGAACCAACGCACAAUCAACAUCGUGAACCGCAGCGAUGUCAUCGUUCACUACCACUGGAAACUGUUUGCCACCGUGGAGGAGGAGGGUCAGCAGAGAACCCACUACAGCUCAGAACUGUCUCACGAGGAGUCUGUGGAGAGAGAGCGCUUUUUGGAAGAGUGCAUCACCGACCCCACUCUGAGAGACAAGAUGUCCCUGUUGACGAGGACCUAUGAGAACAGACGGAGGAUCGUCUCAGGAGACAGCAUGCUGUUCGCCGACGACGUCUACCAGAUCGAGCCUCUGGAGGGGGAAAUCUGGCCCAACCAAUCAGCCGAGGUUUCUGUGAUCUUUAAGCCGCAGGAGGCGAAGACGUAUCAGCAGGUGGCGUACCUGGACAUCACGGGCAGGGAGGCCCGUCUGCCGCUCAGACUACGAGGAGAUGGAAUCGGCCCAAACGUGCAGUUUUCCUUUGAGCAGCUGGACAUGGGGAACAUCUUUGUAGGGUCCAUUCACACCUACGAGGUUGUACUUGCCAACAAGGGUGACAUUGAUGCCAUUUUCAGCAUCCUUCCCAACAACACACAUUUUGGGCUGUGCUUCACCUUCAACCCAACAGAGGGCAUUGUUCUACCUGAUGGACACCAGGCCAUACAGAUAACCUUCAGGUCUGCAACACUUGGUGACUUCCAGGAAGACUUCUAUAUAGCCAUUGAUGGUUCCCCACAUAGGCUGAAGCUGUCCUUCAGGGGAUGUGUCAUUGGACCCACGUUCCAUUUUGAUGUUCCACGACUGAACUUUGGAGUUGUGUCUUAUGGUUUCCAGCACACCCAGACCUGUACCAUAGUGAACACAGCGCUGGUGCCCAUGACCUUCAGCCUUCACGUACCGGGAGACGGUACCGGCGAGCGCAGCAUCUGUAGUCUGUUGGACUUGGAGGAGGGAACUCACGCCAGCGACCAUCACCCCAACCAGAGUGUUUCCACUGCACUGCAGGAGUUCAUCAUUGUACCCUCCAGUGGAACCAUCCCUGCACAGAGCCAAGUCAGGGUCCAGGUGACCCUGGUGUCCAACACAGUGAAGAAGUAUGACUCCAUGCUGGUGGUGGAUGUACAGGGUGUGGGCCAGGGCAUCCUCAUGCUUCCCAUCGUGGCCAAGUGUAUAGUGCCAACCCUGGCCGUUGUGACUCCUAUACUGGACUUUGGGCGCUGUUUCCUGGCCUUUCCUUAUGAACACAGCAUCAAGAUCCUGAAUGACACAGAACUGCCUGCUAAGUACGACAUCAUACCACAGGCCGUGGAUGAUUCAAGCACCCUGACGUACCAGAGCUCCCAGUGGCGGGGGAUCCUGCAGCCCCACACCGUGACAGAGAUCCCCCUCACCUGUACAGCACAGCAGCUCAACGAGGCGGAGGAAGUCGUGUACAUCCACAUCUUUGGCAGUCAGGACCCUCCUAUGCAGGUGCAUGUGUGCUGUGUGGGAGAGGGUCCAGUGGUGCAUGUGGCACCCACGGAGCUGGACUGGGGAGAUAUCCAGGUGCUGACAGAUGUGCACAGGACCGUACAGCUGUCCAACGAGUCACUGAUACCAGCACCCUUCUCUGCACAAAUGAUGCGGCCGGGGUCUGUGUGGCGGGUUGAGCCACAGGAAGGUGUGAUUCCUCCGGAGUCUGCCCAGGAGCUGGUCCUCACAGCACACCUGGACGACUGCAUCAGGUUCAAGGACAAACUGUACAUCCAGUAUCCCAGCAGCCAGCCGCGUACCAUCGUGGUCCAGGCCUAUGGACAUGGCACCACCAUUGUAGCCAACCCCCCAAUCACACCUGCCGUUCACCUGGGCCCACACUUCAGUGACAGCCCCUGCCAGUACCACUUCCAGCUGACCAACAAGGGCCGGCGGCACCAGCAGCUGUUCUGGCACACCGAGGGGUUCCCCAUGUACCGCAUCCGCAGGAACACUUCCAACAACAACCAGAAUGGUCCAACCAGUGAACCCAUCUUCCACCUGAAACCCCACCGUAUGGAGCUGAACCCGGGACAAACCAUUGAUGUCAUGUUGGAGGGGCUGACAAAAAAACCCCAGAUCUUGCGUGAGCGUAUGUUGUGCCAUGCUAUCAUUGGUCAGACCAGCGGGAAGGAGCACAUCAUGACGAUGGACAUCAACGUGGAGUUCAUCGCUCCACUGCUGGAUCUCUCCACUCGCAACAUCAACUUCAGGAUAGACAAAAACCCGGAGGAUGUGCUUGAGGUUCAGCACCAGCCCCUGGAGCUGAGGAACAUGUCCUCCCUGCCGCUCACUGUGCUGCUGGAUGUAGACCACCCCUUCUCCCUGCUGUUCUCAGAUGGAAGAUGCAUCACACAUUCGGAGCUUGUUCUGGCCAUCAAUGAGACCAUCACGCUCCAAGUGCAGUUUGACCCUGCAUACUGCAGCGAUGCUCACUCAAGAACAGAGAUCAGCAACCUGAGCAUCAGCUAUAAAGAGCACCCCAGCAAGGAUAAGGUCCAGUUGUGUGCUGAAGUCCACUUCCCUAACCUCACCUUUGAAAAGAUGGACAUCGACUUUGGGUGCAUCUUGAAUGACACAGAAGUGACCCGUUACCUGGAUGUGACCAAUGAAAGCCCCAUGCCAGUCAAGUACCGCUGGUCCUUCCUGCUGGACGAUCCCACUCAGGCUAUCAAAUUCAGCAGACAAACUGAGGAAGGAGAAGUAGUGGAAGAACAGGUGCUGCCGGAACACACCAAGCUUCAGUUACCCCCAGAGGAGGAGUUUGAUGAGACAGUUGUCAUGGAAACAGGAGGGGGUGAGAAGGAGCCUGAAAAAGAGGACUUUGACCUUGAAGGGGAUGACAAGUACGACGAGAUGGUCCGAGAGGUCCUAAGCAGAGAAGAGAUAGGAGCUGAGGAGGCUGAAGAGGAGAUGGCACUGGAGGAUGUUCCUCCAGACACAGGCAGACAGAGUGUGGUGAGUCGGACAGCUGAGAGGCCGACACUGGAGGAACGACGGGAGGUCCUGCCUCCUCUGCCAUGGCUGCAGAAGGAAGACCCCACCCUACAGCUCAGCACAGGCAUCGAGGAGGUGUUUGACAUCCUCCCCCUGUACGGGAUCCUGCACCCCGGGGAGACUCAGCGCGUGUCCUUCACCUUCUACGGCCACUCCGGGAUCGGCUGCAACGCCACAGCCAUCUGCGAGGUGGAGGGUGGGCCCACCUACGAGGUGACCCUGAAGGGCGAGGCUUCCCUCUUGGAGUACAGACUGGAGGGGCUCGACAUUGACUACGGCAAACAGCUAUUUGACCAGGUAGCAGAGGCAGAGAUCGUGCUCUAUAACACCGGCAAGGUGGACUUUGAAUUUGCUGCCCUGAACAUGGACCCAAUGUUACAGAACAGCCCCCCUCCAGGCAUGCCUGUUCUGGUCCCUCACACAGGUCAAGUUGCAGCCAACAGUCAGCAGACUCUCACCCUCAAGUUCCUGCCAGGAGCUCCUGAGAAGUUCCACAAGAAGUUUCAGAUCCAAGUUGCUCACUUUGAACCAGACAUCAUCACGGUGCACGGGGAGGGAAUCUUUCCACGCCUGAGCUUCGACCUCCCCCGCCUGCCUGACGAGGAUGGUCAGUACACCAGGCUGAUGGCGCAGGCUCGGGAAGCCCUGACCGUGGAACAGAAGGUGCAGAAACAGGAGCCUGUGAGCCGGGCACAGAGUGAGCUGUCUCUUCAUCCUACAGGAGGGACUGAGGAGGUGUUUGUACAAGCAGAGCCUGAGUUGCCCAGUGAACUGGACCUGCAGAUGGAGGUAGAGCGCAGGAUUCUACACCAGCAUGCCACCUCCGUUCAUCCCAAGCUAAAACUAGCUCAGCCUCCAAAUGUCCAGAAGAAGCUUCGCAAGCAACUCACCCACACGGAGUUGCCCCACUACCUCCUGCAUUUUGGGUAUGUCGUGUUGGGGGAAGUCCGGAUACACAUCGUACGUGUCACAAACACUGGCUACGUCCCAGUGUCCUUCAGUGCAGACCAGUCGCGCCUGCAUCACUCCGGCUUCCACCUGGGGCUGCACCACAUCCACUCCCUACCCGGCUACCCCGACCACGAGACCAUGGACUUCCAGGUCACCUUUGACCCACGAGGGGCCAACCUGGACCUGGGUGAGGUAGAGGCCACUGUGCCCCUCCACAUCCAGGGUGGACCCACCAUCAUGCUGAGCCUGAGGGCCACUGUCACCAUGCCAGAAAUGCAGGUAUCAGAAGAGGUGUUGGACUUUGGCACUGUGCAGUGUGGUCAGUGUCAGGUCAUCACGGUGCAGCUGUACAACCACAAACAGGUGCGCUGUGAGUGGUCAUCCAUGCCACAGGAGAAGCAGAAGAAAGGAAAGGUUGCUAGGCAUGUUCCCAUGCACUUACGUCGUCAGAUGUGGCCAGACAACAAGCCCAAGCCAAGACAUUUUGAGAUCAUGCCGUCAUCGGGUGUGUUGUUGCCAGGGCAACGGGUCAAUGUCCAGGUCAAGUUCAUGCCAACAGAGGAGACCCUGUACCACCAGCGGCUGCCCAUCCAGCUGGCCCAGAGCAGCCGGCGCCUGGUGCUGCUGGUGUCCGGUCAGGGCCAGGAGCCCCGGCUGGAGUUCAGCUCCUCCCUGCUGGAGUUUGGACCCAUCCUGCCCCACAGCAGCGGGGAUGAACAGGAGAUCAUGCUCAGGAACCCCGCAGCCUUCCCCAUCGAGGUCUACUCCCUGGAGUUUGACCAACAGUAUCUGGAUGAGGAGAAGGACCUGAUGGAGAGAAGGAGGAAGGUCCGGUGGGUUUGGACCUGGAUUCUGCCACACCCCAGCCAUCGGUCCCAGCAGCCCCCAGCACCAGAGCCGACCCUGACAGUGCCCCUCAUGUGGAACCAUCACCUGAUGAUGAGCACAUGGAUGCAGGCAAAUGGAGAAAACCAAGAGGCUGCUAUUGUUGGUGUGGGUGAGCUGGAGAUCACGCCUGUCUCAGCAUCCAUUGCUCGGCACCUCGGCAUUGACCUCUCACCUGAGGGCAAAGCAGCGCGUAAUCGUCGUGGCAUCGCUAUCGUGGUCCACGGAGCCCCACUGUCUGGUAAAACUGGCACAGCAGUGACAUUAGCCAAAACCUACGGUGCAGCCAUGUUAACCAUGGAUGGCAUCGUCCUGGAGGCAAUCUCCAGUGGGAACACCCCGUCAGGUCUCCGCGCCCGGGAGCUGUGUGCUGCCGCAGCCAGGGAGAACGCUGCCAAGGACGAGUCCACCGACGCUGACAAGAGCACGGCUGUCCCCGGCAGCCUGAGUGUGGACGCCCUGACAGCACACACAGCAGCGGCAGGGGCAGCAGCAGGAUCAGGUUCUGUUAGCCUGGCAGGGGGCGCUGCUCCUUCCAUCAUCUCUAAUGUGAAGAAGACCAGUAUUGUGAGUGGAGCCCAGAAGGCUGGAGGCAGCAAGGCUGGGGGGAACAUCUCCACUGGUGAGACAUCCAGCCAGCCUGCAGGAGGUACCUCCAGCCCCCCGCCAGCAGCACCCAUCCAGCGCAGGCUGAGUGUGAGUGCCAGUGUUGCUGGGGAGGAGGGUCUGAUGAGCUGUGUGCUGCCUGAGGAACUGCUGGUGGAGAUCCUGGCCGAGAGAUUCCAGCUGAAUGACUGUCACCAGGGCGUGGUCAUCGACGGGCUGGAGACCCUGUUCAGCCCCAGUCAGACCGCCGCCGGCCUGGCCGUGCUGAAGGCCUUCAACAACAGGAAGUACAUGUACUUCAUCACCCUCGGCCUGGAGAUGGCUGUGCUCAAGGCUCGCAAGCAGAAGGAAGAGGAGGAGAAAGAACGACUAGCACGCCAGAAGGAAGAAGAGGAGAAAGCAGCACUGGAAGAAAUGUCAGAAGACGAGUAUGACAACCUGUCACCUGAGCAGAGGGCUGAGAUUGACAGGAGACACCUGGUCGCCAAGAAAGAACGCAUGCAGAGGGAGAUGGAGGACAGACUGGAGAGGGAACGAAGAGAGCGUGAGCUUCAAGCACAGCUGGAGGCCAAGAGGGAGGAGGAGGAGAGGCUGAAACACAAAAGCAAGCGUAAAGGAGGCAAGGACGACGGAGCUGCGGGUAAGAAGAGCGUAGCUGGUGGGAAGCCUGGAGGAGCUCCGAGCCAGGAUCGCGUGGCGGCCCUGAAGGCUGUCAGCUCCCACGGAGCAGGAGAGCACGGCGCUAAGGGGUCCCCAUCUGCUGCCGGCAGACCGGAGUCACAUGAGACGGACAAGAGUGAUGAGAAGGAUGACGGCGGAAAGAAGAAGAAGGGAAAGGAUGGCAAAGGACGCCCUGUAUCGACAGACGUGACAGCUAAGGAGUCCUCGGCUACAGCAGCAGAGGAGCCUGUGCCAGAACCACCCCCAGAGGAGGUCCAACUGGCCAACAGGUUCAAAGCAUAUGAGCACACCCAAAAGGAGAUCUCCCCCAUCCUGGAGUUCUGGGACCGCACACAGCUGAUCGUGCACAGGCCCACAACACCAGAUGAGGAGAAGGAGUCUGCUGACGACCAGCCACCACCCUCCGCCAAGAGAGGUCGAGCCAAGGACAAGGAGAAGGAGAGGAUGGAGAAGGAGAAGCUGGAAAAGGAACGCCUGGAGAAGGAGAAGCUAGAGAAACUGAAAGAGGGUGCUGGCACACCCACCUCUCAGCUCGGAGGAGAACCUUUCCCAGCUGAUAGUGACAAGGGUGGGGAGGAGCAGACCAAGGAGGAGCUGGGGGUUCCACACAUCAUCUUAGAUGCCAGCGACCCAGAUGACCCGUGUGGGCCCCGCCUCCUGACCUCAGGACAGCUUCCUCCAGUGGACGAGAUUCUGGACGGACUUGGCCUGGGUCCUGGCGGCCCACCCAUCCCCCCUCCUGCCACCUUCUCAGUGGUUCCUUAUCCUGUCAAGAGGAAAUCUCCACCUGGGACAGAUGUGGCCAGCCACUACAUCUUUGUGGCAGCUUCACAAGACGACCCGAAUGUUGCACCUGAGGACAGACUACCGGAUGUUGAACCUGACACUGAGUCUGUCACACCAGACAAGUCUACCAAGCCUGAGAAGGAGGAGCACACAGCAACGUCCAGCCGUGGACGGUCCAAGGAACGAGACAAGCGGUCAGGGACAGACAGUGUGAAGGAUCGCCGCAAGUCGGCCAGUCGGAAGGGCAGGAGAAGUUCUCUGUCAGCACCCUCCCCACCCCCCGGGGCUGCUACCCCUGGGUCAGAGGCAGAUGGCCAAAGCACAAUUGGAGACACUUCCACAGCGAUUGAACAUAAGAGUCCAAAGCUGAGUACUUUCCGCUGGGUCAUCCCUGCCGGCGGAGACGUGACGCUGCGUCUCCGCUUCACAUCGGAGGAUCUGGGACAGUUUGAUCAGACGCUGAACUUUGAGAUUGUGGGGACCCGCAGACGUUACCAGCUGUACUGCCGAGGAAUCUGCGCCUUCCCAACAAUCAGCAGGGAACCAAGGGUUGUCUUUCCCCACCGUAAGAAGAGCAAGAGGUCUGACGAAAUCAUUCACAAGAAGUACGUCCUGGGUACAGAGGUCAUGGAGUUUGGACCCUUACUGUGCGGGAAGACAAGAGACAGGUACAAGGAGGGCAGGUACCCAGAGAACAUGGAGAAGUUGACUGUCAUGAACACCUCUCCGCUGGAGGCAGACAUCACCUUCUGUUUCCAGCAGGAUGCUCAGGCUACCACAUACCUCCUGGACCCUCCCAGCAUGCUCCUCAAGCCUCAGGAGUCACAGGAGCUGACCAUUUGGGCCUACCCAAAGACACCUGGUUACUUUGAAGACUGCCUGGUGUGUUGUGUGAGGGAGAACCCAGAGCCUGUGGUGUUCCGUAUCUCCUGCCACGGAGUCAAGCCUGAGAUAGAGAUGGACCGCAAACAGCUGUUCUUUGAGAAGGUUCUUCUGCACAGGAAAGACACCAAGACAAUCUACCUGCGAAACCCGACCCUCCUUCCCGUGGCCUGGCGCAUCAGUGGCGUGGAGAAUCUCGGAGACGACUUCUCUCUGUCCGCAGAGCAAGGGGUCAUUGACCCCAAGUCUGAGCUGGCUCUACAUGCCCACUUCCGUGCCAUGAAGCCAACCAACACCAAGAAGAUCAUUCGUCUGGAGGUAUCAGAUGUGGACAACAUCAUGGGUCUGGUGGAUGUGGAGAACAUACAGGUCCAUGCUGAGGCCUACGAUGUCGCUCUGGACAUGAGCUUCCCAAAAGGUGCAGAUGGUGGACUUGACUUUGGCGUGAUCCGCGUCAUGGAUGAGACCAAGCAGACUCUGACGCUGAAGAACAAGGGGAGAUACGAGAUUGGUUAUGAGUUCAUGUUUGAGACCAGUGACCCUAACCUGCCUGAAGUGGGUAGUCUGUUCUCAGUGCUGCCCCAGCACGGGUCUCUCCUGCCCACAGACAGGCCCACACAGGUCCAGGUCAUCUUCCGAUCACGCUACGAGGUCAACAUCAAGGACCAGCCCAUCCUCAGGUGCAAGGUGAUAGAGCCCAGCCUGGGUGACCAGGGGGAGACCAUCGCCAGUAUCCCCAUCAAGCUGUCAGUCCGCUCUGUCUUCAGCAGAUACAUCAUUUAUCCAGAGAAAGACAUACAUUUUGGUGCCAUGAUGGUGAACAGUCGUAAGUCCCGCACCAUCACCAUUGAGAACAAGGGAGAGUUUGACUUCAAGUACAGCAUCAUUCGCUACAUCAAGGAGGCUGCUGCACAGAGUCCACAGAAGCGCUUGCCGAUUCCAGGUAAAGCUCGCACCAAGUCCCGUGAUGGCUCCAGCUCCGGCAAGUCCAUCACCAAACCAAAGAAGGCAGAAUCUGUCAGACAAGAGGUUACGCAGGCCAACCAGUCUCGCCUGAUGCUGGGCAUGUUCACGGUGUACCCCGGGUUUGGACUGAUCCAGCCGGGAGGACAUCAGCAGGUCCAGGUGGACUGUCUGGGGGAACAGCCGGGCAGGGAGGAAGUGGAUAUCGCUAUUGAGAUCUCUGACCGUGACCCUGAGGACCACCCAGGUGGUAUCCCGUACAGACUCGUGGCUGAAGCCUGCAUCCCAAGCAUCAACACCUCUGACAUUGGAGCCAUCUUUGAAGAACAUCGCAUUGUGCAGAAUAGCCAGGCUAGCGAGAUGCUCUCCCAGUUACAACUGGAGAGUGGUGGGAUGUACAUUGAGGAGGACAACAAGUUUGUCUUUAACAACGUCAUGGUGGGGAGGAAGGCCCGGGCACGCUUCCAAAUCACCAACACCAACAAGGUUCCCUGUGACGUGGCGUUCUCUGUGAAACCGCUGUCAAUCAAACCGUCCUCCAAGCUCCACGGAGACGUGUUUGACGUCGAGCCGUCGCGAGCGGCCAUCCCGACCCACAGCCACAUGUACGUGGUGGUCAGCUUCUCACCGUCCACCAUGCAGACCUUCACGGGGCUGUUCGAGGCCACAGUAGAGGGGCUGCCCAGCACGCUGGCCAAGGCACGCAACCUGUCCUUUGAGCUGGUGGGAGAGGGCACCCUUCCCAGAGUAACCCUGGUGCAGCCGACACUGUUUAACAAACAGGGCAUGCCACUCCUGCUGUACAGGCGGCUGCUGCUGGGACACACCCAGGCCCUGCCCAUGGUCCUCAAGAAUGACGCCACUCUUCCCUGCAAGGUUGACAUUGACCUGCUUGAUCCAGAAGGAGGGUUCAGCUUGAGACUAAAGAGGGGAAGCAAGGCUAUCCAAGCCAACAGUGUGGAUUCAGAUGAAGAAGAUGAAGCCCCAACCAAACAAGCCCACACCAUGUCAGUGAUAGUUGAGAACGGUGUGCAGGUGGAGUUUGACGUGCUGUUCAAGCCUGGAGUGGUGCAGCAGUACAAGGGAACUAUCCACCUCAGUGUCAUGGACAACCAGUACGAGGAGACCAACAUACAGCUGAUCGGAGAGGGGUACGAGGAGGAGGUGACCAUCGAAAACCUGCCUGCCUUAGACGCACCUCUGGCUGGAGUCAACCCAGAGGCGGUACAGGCACAAGAAGAAGUCCAAGCUGUUCAUGGUAACCACCUGGACUUCGGAGACUGUGCCAUCGGCGAGCCUCACCAGCUGAGCUUCACCAUCACCAACCAUUCUGAACAAGACGUCUACCGUUUUACCUGGCCAGAACACGCUGCCUUGACCUUCAGCCCGCAGACUGGACAUCUCCACCCCAAGUGCACCAAGGACAUCACCAUUGUCUUCAAGUCAGAUGAGCCCAGACCGCUCAAUAGGGCUGCGGUGGCCUGCAAGAUCUGCAAAAUACUGCUGAAGCAGAUGCCUGACCAGGUGCAGGACUGGGAUGACCGGUUACGGGUCAUCAAGUGGGUGGACAGUGACACUAUCCAGGUGCCACAAGAGGCUGACAAGAAAACAACCAAGGACCAGCCUCCCCCUGGUUCUAGUACUUCACGUACGUCUCGUAAGAAGGUGACAGAGACAGCGGAGGAGCCCGGCCAUACUGUGGUGGAGAACUCCACCAGAGAUCUGGAGCUGCAAGUCAGCGCCACCUGUGACUUUGCCAAACUGCGCUGGAAGACAGAAUCCAUCGCCUUCAAGGACACACUGAUGUUCCAGUCUAGGAUAUAUGAGUUCACACUAAACAACAAAGGCACAGUGAGCGCCCACUUCAACUGGCAGCUGGUGACAGACGGCCUCAAGUCUGUCAGCUUUGCUCCAACAGAGAGGCCCCCAACAGCCCCCACCCCUGACCUGCGCCCCUCCAGCCGGAUGAUGUUGUCCCCACCCCCUGGGGAGGACCUGGCCGCCCCCAGCCCCUUCAGCAUCUCCCCGGAGACAGGAACUGUACCCGCGGGGAAGAAGCAGACCUUCACGGUCAAGUUCUCACCCAUGGACAUCCGGCAGUAUGAGGCCAAACUCAUCUGCAACAUCCCUAACCUGGAGGAGGGGAAGCAGGCCCCGGUACUGGCAGUCCGAGGGCGUGGCCUCCUGCCUUACUGUCACUUUGAACUGGAGGACUCGGAUUACAUCAAUGCAAGACGGAACCCUCAGAUGAGAGGUCCACGAGGGGCACCACCUGGUGCUACCCUGGAUCCCAACACUCGGGUCAUUGAGUUUGCUGCUACAGGGAUCAACGUCAAAACUUCAAGGAGCUUCUUCAUUUUGAAUCCAACCAAUCGGGACUACUCUUUCCUCUGGAAUAACGAGGACCAAUCAGACUCCAAACUUCCAUCCCCCUUCACGUGCCAGACGUCAAGGGGUCACAUUCAGGCAGGCCGCAAGACAAAGGUUGGGUUCCAGUUCUGUACGCAGCAGCUGGGUGUGGUGGAGUCCUUCUGGUGUUUCACCAUCCCCGAGCUCAGCAUCUCGGUGCCAUUCUUACUGACAGGAUCCGCCUCCGAGCCAAAGGUCGUCAUGGACCGCUCACAUCUCAACUUCAAGCCGCUGCUUCUUGGUCACAGUGCUGUAGAAACCAUAGGACUGUGCAACAAUGAACCUCGGCCUUUCGUCUUUGAGUUCAUGGAGGCUUCCCUACACUCUGAGGGCCAUGCCGCUGCCCUGACCAUCACCCCCAUGGCUGGCACUGUGCCACCUAAUGCAAGUUUCCCCAUUGAUGUGGCCUUCAGUCCGACUGAGGAGAAGCAGGUCAACUUCAAUGUCGUGUGCCAUGUGCAGCAGAAAACAGAGCCACUUGUCCUGAACGUGAAGGCGGAAGGUUACACCACGAACGCCUCGGUACAGUGUGAGGACUCGGCAGGCAAGAAGGUCACCCUGACACCACAGGGGCUCAACCAGGUCAACUUUGGACAGGUCCAGAUCUAUGAGAAGGCAGUGCGUACCAUCCACAUUGUGAACAACGGCAAGUUCACCUUUGACUUCAACUGGACAAAGGAACAGCAGAGGAACCCAGAAACUGUCAUCAUCACCCCUGAGACAGGCAGCGUCCCUGUAGGUGCCCACAAGAAGUGCAUGCUGACUUUCUGCCCAACUACCAGGAUGAGUCUACAGGACUGUCAGCUGGCCCUGCAGAUCACCAAUGGCCCGACCUAUGACCUGAAGGCCCUUGGUGCAGGGGUCACCCCAGGUCUACACUUCUCCUUCCUCAACUAUGACUUUGGGCCGUGCUUUGUCCACCAUGCUGGCAUGCCUGUCAGAAAGGCCACAUUGAAAAUCACCAACAAAGACUCCAAAGAAGUCAGUGUGAACUGUCUGUUCACCAACACUACCCACCUAGAGGUGCAGUUUGAACCGACCAUCCUUUCACCAAAGGACUCGUGUGAGGUCUACAUCUCCUUCUUCCCACGCCACUGUGUCAAGUAUUUUGAUGUCCUCCCCUUUGAGAUCAAUGGACUCUCCCAGACCAAUGUGGAAAUCCGAGGAGAAGGCACAGAGAUGACAGUGGAAGUAGCAGACAAGAGACAGAAGAUUGUCCAGCUGGGUGCCCUGUUGGUGGGGACCACAGUAAAGAAGGUCGUCUCACUGGUCAACAAGAGUCUGGCUCCAAUCACCUUCAAUCUGGUGUGCACACCGUCCAGUCACCUGCUGCAGGACUCCCGUGUGCUGUCCAUCUCUCCGUACCAGUCCAUCACGCUCAAACCACGCGGCGGCAAGGUCAACGCAGAGGUCACCUUCUCACCAAGGACACGCAUCCCACAAUUCACUGAGGAGGUUAUGAUGGAGAGUGAAGGGUUCUCCCAGCCCCUGUUUGUGCUGAUGGGCUCCUGUCAGGGCAUCGAGGUGCAGCUGGACCAGGAGUCCAUCCCGUUCGGCGCCGUCGUGCUGGGCAGCAGCAGUACCCGCAGGAUGGUCAUGCGCAAUGUCGGCGACAUCGGGACAAAGUUCCAGUGGAAACUACGGCAGUUUGCACCAGACUUCUCCAUCAACCCUUCUGAAGGGUACAUCUCCCCCGGGAUGGAGGUGGCCUUCAAUGUGGUGUUUCACCCAACCAAAGUCAGCCAGGAUAUCAGAUAUGAGGACCUGGAGUGUGUGACUGAAGGGAGAAAGAAGAUCCUUCUGACCCUGACAGGCAUGUGUGUCAGCACACCAGCUCUCAAGGAGGUUCUGAACUUCAGCACACAUGUCCGCCAGAGGGACACCAAGACCGUCACCAUCUCCAACCGCACCAACCAGACGUGGGAGCUGCACCCUGUGAUUGACGGGGAGUACUGGGCGGGGCUGGAGACCUUCAUGGUGGAGCCGCAGCAGAACAAAGGCUACGAGCUGGUCUACAAACCACUCGCUAUGACAGCCGAGGGGAAGAAGCACACAGGCACCGUGUUCUUCCCCCUGCCUGAUGGAACAGGCCUGCUGUAUAACCUGACUGGUACAUCUGAGCCUCCCAAGGCCAUUAGUAACAUCACCAGGGAAGUGCCCUGUAAGACGGGAUACACAGAGCUGCUGACUGUCUCCAACUGGCUCAAACAUCCACAGAGGUUCCGAGUGACUAUAGACAUGGUGAAGCCAGACCGGCUGGACCAGAGCACCAGUCUGAAGGGGCUGGACUACAUCGACGUACCAGGACUGGGGAAAAGGGACUACAAACUCAACUUCUUUGCUCACAGGGAGGGGACUGUCACCAGCAAGGUUGUGUUCCGGGAGGACACUACAGGAGAGUACCAGUUCUACUUUGUGACCUUCAAGGCGACUCCGCCCGGCACCAUCAGUACCCUGUACCUCACCACGCCCGUACGCCAGAGCGCCUCGCACACCGUGACUGUGGAGAACCCCCUGGCCAUGCCCAUCACCUUCUCCACAGACUGUAAGGUGGCCGACGUCAGCCUGCCGCCACAGUUUGUGGUUCCUGCACAGUCGGAGGGCUCUGUGAUGUUUGAGUACUUACCUCUGAAGGCAGGUGAGACCAACGGCCGUCUGGCCCUGUACAGCAGCGAGCUGGGCCACUACACGUACGACCUGGUCCUCAGGGCCCUGCCAGCUGGCCCGGAGAGAGCGCUGCACUUCAAGGCCAGUCUGGGCGCCAACCAGACACAGACGGCUCAUCUCACCAAUUUCUCCAAACAGAAAGUAGAAUAUCUCUGCAAGGUUGACAACAGUGAUUUCCAUGUGGAGAAGACAGUAAACGCAGCUCCCGGGUCACAGGGUGGUACAGAGGUGGGGAUCGAUGUGACCUAUGAACCCUCCAAACUGGGCCAAUCCCGUGCAACCCUGACCGUCUCGUCUGCUGUUGGUGGAGAGUAUACCUUCCCCCUCGUGGGAAACUGCCUGGCACCCAAACCGCAGGGUCCGUACACCAUCCGCGCUGGCUCCACUGCAUCCAUUCCCUUCAAAAACAUCUUCCCACAUACCACGGCUUUCACCUUCACCGUAGAUAACACUGCCUUCAGCGUCAAGGCAGGAGAAACCAUCCGAGCCAAGAAAACUCACAGCAUCAUUGUAGGGUUUGAGGGGAACACCAGUGGGAGUAAGGCACCCAAGAUGGGCAAACUGGUGGUGACCUGCCCCAGGUCAGCAGGGGGGGAGCACAAUGUCACCUGGACCUUCUAUGUGAAGGGAGUCACUCCAUCUUAAAUACAUCACCGUAAACUAAAACCUACACUAUGGUGGUGGAUUUAGUACUCUAAAGCUUCUCAGAACUUAAACUUUCUUUGUGUAAUUUAAAUUUGAUCUGAGCUUUAUGUUUGACAUAAGGACCUACUAUGCACAUCUGUAGAAUUGUUUCAGAUGCCUUAUCAGGGCUUCUUGUUUGCUGUAAAUUUGUUGGCUAUCAUUUAAUAUUCUAAUGCAGUGGACUAUAACAAAUGUAUAUAUGGGUGAACAAGUGUACUUUGCCAUGAAAAAACAGUAGUCAGGGAAGAUGUUGCCUAAUACCUAUACUAGAUGGGAAAUUUGCUGCUACACUUUUUGAAUUCAGUCACUGUUUGAUGUGAGUCAUUGUAAACAAAGUGGAUAUAUAUAUAUAUGUACUGUAUAUGCCAAGUUUGUGGUCAUGUUGCUGUUAUCUGUCACUUUUCAAUAAAAGAAUGAAGUGCCUUACUAUUUUGCAGUGUGACACUUAACGUUAAUGUGUGUCACAAAAAAAGCCUUGGUGAGUAAAAGCCGACUCUUCUCAGCUUCAUUUUUCAAAGUCUAACAGUAACAUGUUACAAUUUCACAAUACAAAUUAUUCUUGGAACAAAAGAAGUUGUUUGAGGUGAACUCUGUAAUGGAAAUCUUUGGUAAAUAAAUGUCCUAUUUUGGUGAGUGAUGAUAAUACCAGGUAUACCAUGUGACCUAUAUCCUAUCCUCCAUGCACCAGCCAAGUUGUAGGGAGAAAAAAGAAUUCUGUAUGGAAUAAAGCU